GUUUCCACCGGAGCAAACAUCCUGGUGGACCGUUGGAGGAUCGUGACGUGGUGAUUGGUCACUAAACUGCAUAUUGAAAACUAGUCAGUUGAAACAGCUACAUUGUGAUUAAGUCGCUGGUAGUUUGUUCCUUACAUCAACGAGUUUAAUUUUAUGUGGGUUAAAAAGUUGUUUCUGUUUUUUUGAAGCUGUUUGCUGCCGAUCUGUCUGAUCAUCAGGGUGUUGUUGUUGUUUUUCCUGUGACUGACUGACAAGACUUGAUCCGGAGGCGGCAUGAAGCUUUACAGUCUCAGUAUCCACCAUAAAGGUGCGAGCAAAGCAAACCUCCUCAAAUCGGCCUAUGACCUCUCCUCCUUCAGCUUCUUCCAGCGAUCCAGUGUUCAAGAGUUCAUGACUUUCACCAGUGCCUUGAUUGUUGAGCGAACAUCACAAGGAAGCCGUGCCUCUGUCAAAGAACAAGAGUACCUGUGCCAUGUGUAUGUAAGAAAUGACAACCUGAGUGCAGUGGUCAUUGCUGAUAAUGAAUACCCACAGAGAGUCUGUUUUACAUUGCUAGACAAGGUAUUAGAAGAGUUCUCCAGGCAGGUGGACAGUAUAGACUGGCCCUCUGGUAGUCCUGAAACCGUUAACUACAAAGCCUUGGAUAUUCAUCUAUCUAAAUACCAGAACCCCAGGGAAGCUGAUGCAAUGACCAAAGUUCAGGCAGAGCUGGAUGAGACCAAGAUCAUUUUGCACAACACCAUGGAGAGUCUGUUAGAGCGUGGAGAGAAACUGGAUGAUCUUGUCGCAAAAUCAGAGCACCUUGGAAACCAGUCCAAAGCCUUCUACAAGACUGCACGGAAACAGAACUCCUGCUGUGAAAUCAUGUGAUGCUGCUGCCUCGUCUUCAUGGACACACGCCUCUCUCUGCCUUUCUGCUUUUCCUACAACUCCCAUCAUGCACCAGCCACCAGCUCAUCAGGACAGAACGGACUUUGUCUAAUCUGGGAUGGGGCUCUAAGAUAAGAGCAAGAAAGGGUGGAAGGCGGUGGUUGCGAGAUGAAGUGUGAAUUAUUAGGGACUGUGACUGAUGGGGGCUGAAGCAGUGGUGGGAUUCUGUCCGGGGAAGACGUAACAUUUGAAUUAUUUUUAACCUUUACACAAGGGUUAACAUCCGUGCAGUGUUUCAAUACCAGCUGAGGACAAAUAGUGCGACGUUGUGUAUCAGUGAUGUGUCGUUUAAACUUCUACAAACCAUUUAAUGUUUUUCAGAUUCAAUCAAAUCUUAACAGUUUGAUUCAAACACUUAACACUUGAAGGAGUAUUAACCAUGGUUGUGCUUCUGUUUCAAAGCAACUCUGACAAUCCCAGUCUUAUUUUGUGAAGUCAUGAAGUGCGUUGUUUUACUUUAAUUCUUCAGAGAGCUCUGUUCAUUUACUUUAUUGUCCCAAUAAACCUUAUUUUAAUACUCAGUUUAAAAAAAAUGAUCUGGAAAGAUGUUUGCUAGAUUAGAUUAUGUUACAUGAUUCUUUGCUUUUCUUUGUCUCAUAGUGUUCAAUGAAAUCUUAAACAUUCCCACUUUGGGUGAGUGUGUUGUUGAGUGAUGCAUCUUAAAGCUGAUGAGGAGUGAGAGUAGAAAGACGAAUCUUAGUAGACACAGCCUUAUUGCAGUGUGGCUAACAUUUAACCCCUCACAGUCCUGUUUGAAUAUAAUGUCUCAUGAGAAGGACUGGACUUGUAAUGCUGUCCUCUUAUACUCUGUGUACUGUAGCUCUGCUUUACACACCUAUAGCCACCACACACAAUGAAUCACAAAGAUGGUUUUCAGAGUUCAAAAGUCCACUCUGACCUCUGAAGUCUAGACCAGGACUUGUCUGUACCUCUCAGAUCACUGAUACUUUACCAUCUGUUAGUGUGACUGAGGCGGAUCUGGAGAGCCUCAGGUUCUGCUUCUGCUUGUUUCUCCUAAAACGGGCCUGAGAGGAGAGCAGACGUAUUCUGAGAGAUGUUAUAAAUUGACUUUCUUCACGUUCUGGUCUUAUUUUAAGACACUCCACAACAGCUGACUCUUUGUACUGUCAGCUUUGUUUUCUUUGUAUUUAGGUCUGACUGGGUAGACAUGUCUUAUUUCAGGAACUGCUGAUCAGUUGAAGAUAAAGAGAUGCCUUUGGUUGUGUAUUGUAGAUGUUUCUCUGCUCGCUUUCUGCCGUGUGUGUAUGAUUUGCUGAUAUACAACAUCUGCAGACUGCAGAGAUGUUGAGUGCCUGUGUGUGAGGACUAUUGUGUGUUUGUGUAUGUUUUAUCUGAACUGCUCUUUCUGCUUUUACAGUGUAAAAUUGUGUGCAAUAUCUGCAGACUGUUGGUGUGCGUCUCUCUUAAACAUUGAGAGAACUGAAAUAGUUCUCAAGGACAGUAAACUGACCUUUGUAUAUUCUAUUCUUAUGACUAAUUCCCAUUUGAAGUGUCUCCGGGGUUGCAUUUGAAAUUUUUGUUAAUUUCUUCUUUUCCAAAUUUCCAAUUAAUGUACUGAAUUUUAAAAUCUAUAAAGUGAUGCUGUAGCUAUUUGCAGGUCAGGUAUUGCUGAUCAGUGUGUUAUGAACGGUCUGCAUUAAAUGUUUUGAUCCUGAUGUGGUCUGCAAAUUUAAACAAAGAUAUCACAGAAUAAACAGUUCUCUUCUGUCUGUA